AUGUGGAGGGCUUUGCUCCGCGUCGCUCUGCUCCACCUCGACGCCGCGAGGAGAAGAAGAGAAGCGCCCGCGGCGGCGCUAGCGAGCCCGACAACGGCAGCAGCGGCGGCGGCGGCGGACGCUCCCGGGAGACCGGAAACAAUCCCGAACACGCCUGCUGCGGCAGCGACCAGAUCACCCGCUGGAGGAUCGUUCUCUGGACCGGUGCCGGUGCCGGUCUCGGCAGCUGCACCGCCGAGGUCGAAGCACGACGGCGCGAGAUAUAGGGGGCGGAUUCCGGUUGGGGGGGGGGGGGGUGAGGGGGCGGCCUCGCCAAGGCUGGGGGCGUCCGCAGAGGUGCCCUUGCCCGUGGCGAUGGAAACGUGCGGGCAUCUGCUGCCGAUGUGGGGAUACAGGAGGAAGGCUUUCAUCGAAGGAAUCAAGGCUUGCGAUGUGCUACAGACACGAGAGGUGUUGCUGGCGCUCUCUUGGAUGAUGGCGAAGGCAAAAGUCUUUCCGGCCUUCGAGCAGGCUCGCCUCGUCUCGCCCCUACCGACGACGACGCCCGCCACCAACCCAACACCCCCGCACGGCGAGAAUGUAUCGGCGUCGUCACCCACACCGCCGCCGUUCCCGCGGGACGUUUCCGAGACCCCGGAAGUUCGGCGGGUUUCCGCGGAAGCGUUCGCGGCGUUCCUGGCCACGGAAGGACGGCGAUCGGUUCCUCCGCCGGACUGGGGGGGGCGUCUGGGAAAGGAGGAGGGGGUGCGGAUGGGAGAGGCGGAAGCCAAGGGGGAAGGAAUGGCAAGGGCUCUGGGGGCAGCGAGGGAGAUGAUGUCCUGCUACGGGGGUCUCGAGGGGGAGCUCCGGGUUGUGGAGGGCCUAGAAACGGCGAGGCAGCGAAUGCUCCUGAGAAUGCGAAGUCUGUUCCGAGACGUGGCCGAAUCCCAACCCGGGAGUGGCAAAGUUGCAGCUUCACCGCGGACCACCGAGGCAAGACCGGAGCCACAACAACAACAACAACAACGACAACAGCAACAACAACAGCAGCAACGACAACAGCAACCCUCCGCCACGAGCACGUCUCCCGCCGGAACAGCCAACGCUGCUGCGAUGUCCGGGCGGGCGGGGGCAGCAGCAGCCACCGCGACCCAACCAACGACGAAGACGACGAGCCGCUGCCAACGCCCGAGCAGAAAAAAAUGCACGCCGCGUGCCGAGGUGUCCCCGUUCUGCCUGUGCCUGGUGGCCUGCAGGCCGCCGGGAGAACUUUCCCGCUCACUCGCGAAGGUCACCAGGGCCCGCGAGGUGCUGGACGCGCUCGAUGAGGGCCGCGAGCACGCCGGUCGGUGGUGUCGGUGGGCUUCCUCCGCGCUAGUGGCGGCGGAAUCGGCGGCGCCCCCCCGAAGCGGCGCCGAUUCCGGCGCAGCAGCAGGCAGUAGAGGUGCACCCAGGUUGCCCGAAGACACGUCGUCUUUGAUAGCAGCGGCGGCAACGAUUUCUGAACCACCAGAGGACAACCAAACGACGGGAGAUUUGCGCGAUGCUAUGCUGCGACAAACGUGGUGCUUGCAGGAGGGGCUGGAGAGGCGCGUAAGGGCUGCCCUCCCCCCCGCCGCCGGCACGCAUGCCGCAGGCAGCACCGUGCCGCCAUGGCUAUCGGCGGCGACAGCGAUGUUAGAGCAGACGAGACGGGAUGGCUCCGCCCCGACGAGGACGGGCAGGUCCUUCGAUUUUGACGCGAAGUUCUUCUUGGCUUGA